GGACGCCUUUCAUGUUCCAGUUCCCCUUCAAAAAUUUCCCUCCACGGUUACGUACGUUUCGUACGCAUGCGCGAACGAGAGAGAACGCAAGGCACAGAACAGAGUGCAUUCCUUUCUACGUGCACCUCGAUCUCCACUCUUCGACGCUCGUUCCAGAUAUAUCACGUCUACGGUUCACUCAUUACGCGCGCACUUUCCUCUCUCCGUCCGCCAAUCCCACUGCUCGAGUCGCUUCUAGAGGAAAUCGGUGGCACAGAUGGCGCCCGCGUUAGUUACCGCGACGGAGGAAAUUGGGCGGCGCUGAGUCGUGUGUGUGUGUGGCGGACGCGGGGCACACACAUCCGGGGAUGCUCCGUGAACGCAGCGUUGGUGGCGUCGUAUACUCUUCCGUUCGCCCAGAGACCUGCAUGCCUGUCUGCCUGGUGCCUGGAUUAUCUGUGUGUGUGACAUUUUUUUCUUCGGAAGUGCCGACUGACUGACCACCGAGUUCGCUACCAUCAACGUGCAGGAUGUUUACCCGGCUGGCUGGCCGCCGUCACCACCGCGCCCAGCAGCAGCCCGUCGUCACCGCCGCCGUCGUCGUCGUCGCUGACUCUGCUGCCGCGCGCGCGCCCGCCAUGAGAAUCGUCGCGUCGCUGCUGCCUUAUCACUGACUUGUCGUUGCCGCCGUCGUUAGCAGGUCAAACCGAUUCGUCCGAAAAGUGCCAUGGAUGAUGAAGAGCGCCUCGAAGGUGAGGAGGAAAUGGAACUGGACGAAGCUUCCGAUGGCGAGGACGAGGACGAGGAGACCACGGGCAUUCCUGUGUCACCAGCUAAUUCCGAACAAUUGCUGGGACAAACUCCAACUCCUGUCACACCAGAAGAAGGUUUUCCCGAUCCACUACGGUACCAGAAAUUUCCUUUAACUGGGGGCAAACCUCUAAACAUCCGACGUGGGCCUGGGAGGCCUAGAAAAGAACGUCCUCUGGGGAUCACUCGCGGAGGUGGCACGAGAAGAUCUUUCGGCAGAGGUGGCGCGAGAGGCAAAGGAUUGGGCUAUGCAAGAGGCGUGCCGCGUCGUACUAAAAGUAAGGAUGAGGAUACACAUUCAGAAUCACCGAGCCCUCUACGCACCGGGGACGAUGCUGCCCCUGAUGGCGAGUCGAGCGCCGAAAGAUCAAUGCCGGCUCCUGAAGAACUUCCAUACUUUUCUGAACAAUGGCCAGGGAAAGUUUGCGCGUUGUGCAACCUGGGCGAAAGAAGUCAAUUGGGACAAGGGGAGUUUCUACGGUUAUCGUGUCCGCCAGGCUUUACGCCGGAGAAACCAGCGAAUCGAGAGGAGAGCACCGCUGCUGAACUUCAUCUUACGGACAUCGCCGCUGCUGGAGACAAGAGUCCGCGCGCUGCCACUGCCGGAGCUGGAGCCGUUACGUGUCGCCGGCAGAAGAGUUUAGCUAAGUGCAGGAAUACUAGUCUGUCGAAUUUUUCGGAGCCAGUGGAGGAACUAACGAUCGUAGGCUACUCGGAAGAACCGGAGCUGGGUGCACUUUUCGAGACGACGGGUCACUACUACGUUCACCAGUCGUGCAUGGUCUGGUCCAGCAACAGUCAAGACCUGGCGUCAGAAUUGACCAGCCGUGCCGUCGUGACGGCUUCGUCACGACGUUGCGCUUAUUGCUCUCACUACGGCGCCGGAAUCCCUUGCAAAGUGGCAUCGUGCAAUCGUUAUUUUCAUUUCCCGUGUGCCGCAGCCUCCAGUUGCUUUCAGGACACCAAGAGCUUGUCUCUUUUCUGCGGUCAGCAUCUAGGCCAAGUUCCGCUUUUGCUGAACGGGGAUGUAACUUGCGUGCAAUGCUAUGGAAUGGGCGACGUGUCGAAUCUGGUCAUGUGUUCCAUCUGCGGCCAACAUUAUCACGGCAGUUGCGUGGGACUGGCAUUGUUACCCGGAGUGCGCGCCGGUUGGCAGUGCGUUACCUGUCGCGUGUGUCAAAUGUGUAGACAACCCGAGGACGUCUCCAAGGUGAUGUUGUGUGAGCGCUGCGACAAAGCUUACCAUCCCGGCUGCUUGCGUCCAGCUGUAACGUCCAUUCCGAAGUAUGGCUGGAAGUGUAAGUGUUGUCGCGUGUGCACCGACUGCGGUUCUCGCACUCCUGGCGCGGGUCUCUCCUCCAGGUGGCAUUCUCACUAUACGGUGUGUGACUCGUGUUACCAACAACGAAACAAAGGCUUCUCCUGCCCGCUCUGCAGAAAAGCGUACAGGGCCGCGGCAUAUCGCGAGAUGGUGCAGUGCAACAUAUGUAAGAAAUUCGUGCACGGUACGUGCGACUCGGAGGCCGACCCGGCCGUGUACCAACAGCGCAAGGAGGCUAAGCCGGACUACGAGUACGUGUGUCUGCAUUGUAAGAAGAGCGUGGCGGCCUUCGUGCGUCGCAAAGACAGCAUGGACGAAUGUGGCGGCGCCGUCGUCGGCAGUGACCAAAGCACUUCGCAGGAUAAUCUCUUUUACGGAGGUGCUCCUCGCAGUCCACGGAGCGAGAGCUCGGAGCUCGACUGCCAAGGCGGUGGCGCCGACGAAGCGCUCUACUCGGUCGGUCUCGGAAAGGGCAAACCUUAUUACGCUAACAAAAUCGCCAAGAAGAGACUGGGCCUCGGUUUGGGACUGGGAGGCAGCGGCGGCUGUGUCGGUAGGCCCAAGGGCGUCGGCAAGCUUGGUUACCAAAAGCGCCAAAAAAUGACCGAAUUUGGGAGGAAGAGGGGACCCAAAGCGAAGAUGAGGGGCAUUUUUGGCGUUCCUGGAGUCGGUUUGCAACAAAUAUUUUCACUAUUUCAGCGUCCGAUGUCGGACUCUUUCUCGAAGGAGGACGAGCCCGGGGUGGAGAACCGUUUGGUCCUCUGUUCGGCCAAAGACAAGUUCGUGUUGACGCAGGACAUAUGCGUGAUGUGCGGCGCGAUUGGCACCGAUCAGGAGGGUUGUCUGAUCGCGUGUGCACAAUGCGGUCAAUGCUACCAUCCAUACUGCGCCAAUGUUAAGGUCACGAAAGUGAUCCUGCAGAAGGGCUGGCGUUGCCUCGAUUGUACCGUUUGCGAAGGUUGCGGAGAACGAAACGACGAGGCACGGCUGAUUCUGUGCGACGACUGUGACAUCAGCUACCAUAUCUACUGCAUGGAUCCACCGUUGGAAUACGUGCCCCACGGGAACUGGAAGUGCAAAUGGUGUGCCCAGUGCCAGACGUGCGGUUCCAACGAUCCAGGUUUCAACAGUUCCUGGCAGAAGAGCUACACCCAAUGCGGUCCAUGCGCCUCUCAUAGUGCGUGCGUUGCCUGCCAGGAGGCUUACCAGGAGGGCGACCUUAUCAUUCAGUGCGUGCAGUGCGAGCGCUGGUUACACUGCGUCUGCGAUUCCAUCAAGAGCGAAGCGGAAGCCGAACGAUGCGCCGAAGAGGGAUACAUCUGUCUCCUCUGCCGUCCGAGAGACGUGCCGCCGCCUCACAUUCUCUGUGCACAGCCUAAGAUCCAGCCAAAGUAUACCAGAUCCUCUCCGCCACCCGCAACUCAAAGUCCGGAGCUCUUCAAACCCUCCACUCAGCCGCAUUUGGUCGACGGAGUCUAUCUCUCCGACGCUGGGAUGAAUCACAUUAAAUCCCUGACGUCGGAACAUCAGCAAACGCGAAAGAAAAGAAGGAAAUUGUUGCCAUUAGUAGACAAAGAGGCCGACAUCAUGGCGACAAUCGAAUCCGUCGUUGCUGGGGGUAGUCUGGACAAUUCUUUAGAGGGAGAGGGUGGCAAAUUGGAACUAGUGGACGUAAAAGAUGAGCCCGCCGAAGUGAAAGAAGGCACCGUGUGGACCGCUGACCAGCCACCUCCGGAAGGCUUCAGCGUCUGCACAUCGGAAGCGGGUCUCCCGGUAUUGCGGCGGAAGCGUCAACGGAACUUGCAAAAGUUGGGUAUUGGGGGUUUCAACGCGCGUUUCCGCACCCGGAAGGACAAAGAGGAAGAGGGCGUCGACCUCGAAAAGCAAGGGGAGGCCUGGAUUCUUAUUCUCAGAUCGGGAGAAUCGGAGAAACCAGGCGGCCCGGUGCUAGAAUCCUCGAUUGUUGGAGGAGUGGGCGACGACAAACCCCGCCGGAAGCCCCAACGUCGGAAACCGAAACCCAAGUUAGCCGAAUGCUUCCCUCUUUAUAUGCAGGAGGCCUUCUUCGGCAAGGAUCUAAUGGACACCACGAAAGACAAAGAACUGGAGAGCAGCAGUGAGUCCGAGAGCGAGCGUAAUGUUCCUGGAAACGCUGAUACCAUUCAAUUAUCUCAGGACGAGCUCAAGGCGAUGGAGCAAGUGAAAGCCAAGCAGGAGAAGGAGGACGACCAGAAGGUGGUGGUCCCCGAGCAAAUUAAGAGAGAAGAGAUCAUGGAGGAUGAAGGAAGUGACACAGAAGCGCUCGGGGAUAUUUUGCCGAUAUCGGGAGACCUGCUGGAUAGCGACCUGGUGAAUACCAUCAUGAACGAGCCGGAUGAGGAUUUGGCCAAGGCUAGCGAGGCGUUGGACGAGUUGGAUGACGCGCAAGCGCCCAGCAAGGACGAGCUGACGGAUAUUCUGAGUCCGCAUUUCACUCUGGAAUCGAUGGUCAGGGACACCGGACUGCCAAACAUGGACAGCAAAGACAUCGAGGAGAUCUUUAAAGGUGUGUUAACAGACGAGUCCCAAGAGUCCCAAGAGUCAUCAGUGUUUUCCGUUCAGGCUCAGGCCUCGCAUCCUUCGUCGUCCACCACUCCGUUGGUGUCACCAUCUCCUCAUCCUGGUAUUCCAACGGCAAUGCCUUUGGUAAGACCCCAAGUGCCUGGUACUUUAUCCUCUGUAGGACAAUCAAAUCUUAAUUCGCCCAUGAGUUUCCCACCGCCUUCUCCGUAUCAUUCUGAAUAUAGCAAUAGUCCACAAUUCAGUCCUGCGUUUUCCGAACCGCCCAGUCCGUGGGUGAAUCCCGAGGAUGAAGGCAAUGGUCCUGCGAGCAAUGCUACUAUCUCGUAUAACCAAAGAAGCAACCUGAAGUUGGAAGCCGACGAGGCGUUGGGCGCAAACGCAACUAUAUCAUCCGUGCUCUACGCCAAUCUCAAUCAUCCCGAGUGGAAAACCGAGUAUCCCGCCUGGUCCGAGAGGUGUAAGCAGAUCUUGAAGAAGUGGCGAGCUCUACCAACUGACAAAAAGGCUCCAUACCUUACUCAGGCUCGCGAUAAUCGUGCUGCUAUCCGCAUGAAGAAAACGCAACAGGAGCAGGACAGGCUGUCGAACAGAGAUCGGAGCAAAGAGGCUGAGCAGGAGAGGCAAUGGAAGCAAAUGCAGGCCGUACGUCAGCAACAGCAACAGAUGCAACAACAGGUUAUUCACGAGCAACGUGUACAUGCGAUCGCAAGAGUGCAAAGACAAAUCAGCGAGGAAGGCACGCCCCAAUUGGCUCCAGAUACCAAUACCGGCGUGACGACUCAAUUACAAGUUUCCACGGCACAAGACACAAGCCAGCUGACUCCAUUGGCGUCCCCCUCGCCAGGCUCGCGCAGCACCUUUGCGACGCCACCCCUGAAGGUAACCCGCAGCAAUCUCACCCCGCAGAGUCCGCAUCAGGGUAUGGUUCGCCUGCCCAAUCAGGUCUGCCCUAUCUCCCGAACCCCGGGGGUCGUGCGACCAGGUUUCCCGCAGCCACCGUCGCCUUUCUCGCCGCAGGCGCCCCAAUCCCCCCAUGACUUUCCGCAGUCUCCGGCGUCCUCUCAAGCGCUGGAGCAACAGCAGCAGCAACAACAGCAUUUCCAGCAGCGCUUCGAGGGUAGCGGCGACGGGUUCUCGCCGCGGGGUCCCGCGCCCACAUCGUCUUCCUAUUCGACAUCGUCGCCGCAGCACGCGACAGCACCGGCGCCACCGGGUGCCGCUCCCCGCGCCGUCUUCAAUCCACCGGCCCCCUCCGCGCGACCUGCUCCCGUUUACGCGCCCCCACCACCUCCGCCACCACCUCCUGCGCCUCCAUCUUCGCGUACUCCUGACCCGUACAACGUUGCCGGCGUACAACCGCCUCCGGCCACCCCGGUCCCUGCUGCUCCGGCAGGCUAUCCGUCCCCACGUGCCCCCGAGCCUCCCAGGGCUCCCGGGCAGGAGCAAGAGGUCUUUAGCCAACAGCCGGAGGUUAAUCGCCAGCUGAGAGAUCUCCUGCAGAGGCAGCAGUUCAACAAGAAGAUCGAAGGAGUCGGGACUAGCUGGACUCCAGAUGGCCAGAACAAUUCCGAGAGCGGCCAGCAGCAGUUCGAAACAAGCCACGUGCAGCUUCCGCAGCAUUCUCAAAUACCCGGCAACUCUGGCAACGAAGGCACCUUCCGCCAUCCUCUGCCGCCCGGUAUUGUCCGGCCCAGAAUGCCCAUACAACCAAACGUUCUGAUCAGGAAUCCCAUCGCGGGUAACAUCGACGCACGACUUCAAGGUAUCGAUCAUCGUACCAGGAUGCUGCUGCAGAGACCUCAGGCAAGCGCUGCCUUGCCUCAGCAGCAUUUCCAAGGCGCCCAAGCCCUGCAAACGCGGUUACCUGCUGCUAGGACCGCUAUUUCCGAGCCCUACGACAUCUUACAUCAACAAAGAUUUGCAGACGCGAAUCCGACGCCAAACUUGAACCAACGCAUUGCACGCACUGCGCAAGACACUCUGAAUCAGGGCAUUCGCAUGUUGGGCGCUCAAGGUAUGGUGCGGGCGCCACUACCCACGACCAUAAGCGAGACCACCACCUCGGAAGCCUCGUCUGAGAUUCCCGACAAUGUCACGGCCGAACUGGAAAAGUUGGAACAGGAAGGUGCCCCGAUGGUCGAAGUCGAGGGUGUCAGUGCAAUAUUGGGCGAUUUGGCCGACGACGACGACGAGUUGCUCGCUGAGAUGGGGGCGGACUUCAAUAUCCUGGAAUACGCGGAUCCCGAGUUGGCAGGCGGCGAGAAAACCAACAUCCUAGACUUGGAUCUAGAGCAGGUGGAGGUAGAACCGAAGGAAGAAAAACAAAAGAAGGAAACCAAGGACGAGGAGCAAAAACCGGAUCAUCUACCUAGUGGUCCGGCUGAAAUCGCCGAUUCAUGCUCGACCAGCACAACGUUGACAACAUUAACCGAAGGCACCAACGUACCGUCGAUGACGUCAUCGCAACCUGCUUCACAGGCGAACACAGCGGCGAUGCAGGUGCAGGUGGUGCAGCAGCAGAUGCACCAUCAUGUACAGCAGGCGGCAGCGAUGGGCAGACCGAUGCCGCCGGGAACGAGACUGGUGUCACCAGAUGGAGUUCUCGGAGUCGUGACUUCCACCAAUACAGUAACGGUCAGUUAUCCAUCGAGCUUCCCAGGACAUCCCCAGAGAAUCUCGCAGGCGCACAUUCAAGUUUCGCAACCACAACGCCUCGGCAUGCGAGUAGCGAACGUGCCCAAUGUAGCGGGCAGAGUUGUCGCCGUGAAUCACAUGAUCGGGCCUCGAAUGCCUUUAGCACCACCACCGCCUCCGCCACCACCCCCAUAUCCAGGACCUCCACCCCCGUAUCCCGGACCGAUCCAGAUGGGGCUGUGCCUAGGUGGUGGUGGCGGGCGGGCUAUGACGCGGCCCCCGCCGGUGGUCCAUAUGGGGCACCAGCAGGUGCCGGUGGCGGCGGCGGGCCCGCCGAUGUGCCCCGCGGUUCACACCGGCGCACCACCGCACCCUCACCGGAGACCCUUGCUUCUGCAGUUAUGUUCACAGGAGCAGCCGCUGUUGCUGGAGGAGCUGCUGGAGCAGGAGAAACGGGAGCAGGAGAAACAGCAGCAGCAGCAGCAGCAACAGCAGCAACAACAAACGGAGAACCCCGCAGCGAGCAGCAAUCUUCUAAGCGACAGCGACUUCGAGAGAAUAAGAGCCGACGUUCUGGGAGCGACGUCGCCACCUCAAACUAUGGUAGCCGGUGGAAGUGUGCCGGUGAUCAGACCACCCUGCACGACUAGACCUCCCUCGGUGCCCGGUGCCGGCUGGCAGCAAGGAGGUGUAUCCGAUUCGGCUAAAAUGGCGACCGCUCAAGUGCCUAGACAACCCAUCGCCACGCAGACCCCGCCUGAAUCGAGGUUGAACACCUUCAACAUCCCGCUUAUACCAGCACCACCAACGCCACCGGAAAUUAUCCUGAACGAGCAAGAUCGACAGGCGCAUAUGCAGUACGAUCAUUGGCUGAUCAAUCAGCAGAAUGUAUUGACGCAGCAACUGAAGUUUUACGAGUCCGAGAUCCAGAAAAUUCGUAAAAUGAAGAAGUCUCUCACCAGCAAACAACGCCAGCUACGCAAGACGGGCGGCGACCUCUCGGAGAACGACUCGGCGGAGCUGAACCGUGUUUCCAACGAGCAGACGUUCAUGCAGAAGCACUUGGAGCAGUCGCGGAAACAGUUGCGCCAGCACAAUCUGCUGACCCAGGAAUACCACAACAAGCAGCAGCAACGGCAGCCGUCGGCGUCGCAGGGCCCACAGUCGAACAACCCGGAGCCCUGUUCGCCGCUCAUGUCGCCGUCGCAGCAUUCACCGAUGCACUCGCCCGCCGCGUUGGUCAGCCAGUCUCCAGGUGCCAACAUAAUCCAGCACUCGCCGGCGACUCCCUCCAUCGUGCAGCAUAGUCCCGGCGCAACGUUGCUCCAGCAUAGCCCGGGAAACCCGCAGUCGACCAAUCCGGGCACCAUGUCGCCUCACAACGUGCAGCAGCAGUCGCCGCGAAUCGGCACCCCGCACUCCCAGGCUGGCGAGGAGAGUCCGUUCAGCCCGCAGAGCGGCGCCCUGCCGUCUCCCGGAGGUCUGUGCGGUCCUGCCGUGGCCGUGGCGCGGAUGACGUCACCGCAACAGCGGACGAUCAUCGGCGGCCGGCUGGCGGCGGCGAGCGGCAGUCCGGGAGGCGCGUUCACGGUGGCGGACGCGGCACGGGUUCAGCAGCCGCAGCAGCGCUUCGUGCGACCGGCGAGCGGCGGCAGUGGUGCGAUGGUGAUGGGCGAAACCGCCGGGCAACAGCGCGUGCCGCCGAGGGCGGUGGCGGGUGGCAUGUCCGUCUACGGGCAGCGUUCGCCGCUGGGCAGUCCGCAGCCGACGACGCAACAGGCGAGUCUGCUCGCUCAACAGCCGCAGCUGCUGCAGAGGCAACAGAUGAUCCAACAGCAGCACGACGUUAUUUCUCAAGACGGGCAGAACGUCGUUGCGCAAAGGACGCUUCAAAUGGCUCAGCAGAGGCAGCAGAUUCUUCAACAGCAGCAGCAACAACAGCAGCAGCAUGACGUUAUUUCUCAAGACGGGCAAAGUGUUGUUACCCAAAGAACGCUUCAGUUGGCGCAGCAUCGGCAGAUCCUCCAGCAACAGCAGCACGAAGCCAUCUCUCAGGACGGGCAGAACGUCGUCACACAGAGGACGUUGCAAAUGGUUCAGCAACGGCAGCAGCUCCUUCAGCAGCAGCAACAGCAGCAACAACAACAUGAAAAUCUCACUCAAGACGGGCAGAACGUAGUCACUCAGAGGACGUUACAAAUGGUUCAACAACGCCAGCAGAUUCUCCAGCAACAACACGAGACCAUUUCUCAAGCUAUUUCUCAAGACGGGCAAAACGUUGUCCAAAGGACUCUGCAGAUGGUCCAGCAACGGCAGCAGCUCCUUCAGCAGCAGCAACACCAACAGCAGCAUGAAAGUCUCACGCAAGAAGGGCAGAACGUUGUCACCCAGAGAGCCCUACAGAUGGUCCAGCAACGUCAGCAGAUUCUCCAGCAACAACAGCACGAGGGUAUCGCCCAGGUUGUUUCCCAAGAAGGGCAGAGUACUAUCACUCAGAGAACACUGCAGAUGGCACAGCAACGGCAACAGCUGCUGCAGCAGCAGCAGCAGCAGCAACAACAGCGGCAACAAUACCUGCAGAUGCAGCAACAGCAGCAGCAGAAGCCGCCCAGCUCGCCGAUGGUGUCUCAGCCGGCCAACUCUCCUAGUCCUCAGCUUCUCCAGCAGGGUUACGGCCAACCACCGAGCUCGCCCAUGGUACAGCAGACGACGAUGGGCUCGCCGAUGCUGCAGCAAUCGUUGAAUCCGACCUCGCAACCGCCUAGUCCAAUGAACCGAAUCUCGCCGAUGGUGACGUCGCAGUACCAGCCGCCCAGCCCGAUGUCCAGGAGUCAUCCCUCCACUUCGCCAAUGCUCCACGGUGGCCACCACUCCUCCUCAGCGGCCAAUCAGCCGCCCAGCUCGCCUAUGAUGCCCCGCAGCCCGCUGGUGGCUGGCUCGCCGAUGCAAAUGCAGCGAAGACAAUCCACCGGUAACAGCCCGGCGAUGCCCGACAGGCCACAGAGCGUGGAGAAUCCCCCGACCCCGAGGACACCUCACACACCUCACAGCUUCGUCCAGCAGAGCGCCAAUCUGCCGACGAGUGAUCAACAACAGAUCCUUCAGCAGGUCUCUCAGGAUCAAGGUGCCUCGGAGCAUUCCAGAAGCGGAGGGAACCCGCACAAUCCUCUGAACCCGGUGCCGUCCCCGAAUCCCGUUAGGAGCGGAGGCAACCCCAAUAACCCUCUGAACCCGAUACCAUCCUCGAGUGUCGCACGGGGUGGAGGCAAUCCCAACAACCCCCUGAAUCCGAUGCCAUCUGUGGAUUCCGCUAAGGGAGGCGGGGGGAACCCUCGCAAUCCGCUGAAUCCGAUACCGUUUCCAAACUUCGGGAGGUUUGGCUUCUUCAAGUUAGGCCUCAGAGGCGGCUCGCCCAUGUGGUCGAGCAAAGCGGCGGAGAGCAGCAAGAGCGCCGGCGCGGGCACGGACACACCGCAGGAGGAGAAGCCGAACACUUCGGUGUUGCGGAAGUCAGCGAAGAUCGGCUCGCUCGUGUGCGCCGACUACAACGACUUCGACGACGACUCGCACACUCCGCCGCAGACGCCUCCGACGGAGGCGAAGCAAGGAAGCCAGUCCAGUUCCUUGGCCUCGUCCACCCUGGACAACGGUCCGCUCGACAGCCCCGGCGAGAAGCUGGACCAGCUCGCGGACACCGCCGAUUACGACGACGACAAGACUAUAGUGAACACCGAGGUGACGCUGAGCUCGGCGGCGCAGCGCGACAGCGACGACAUCACGGUGAUCGAGCAGUUCGGCGACUCCGAGCUGGUGGACGUCAUCUCGGGCAGUCUGGAGGGCGACAUGCAGGAGGAGUACGUGCUCUUCGAGCCUGGAAUGGUGGUAGACCUCUCAGCGGACAGCAACGACUCGCUCUGUCACGCACUGGUGAACGCCGACGGCGGCCAGGGCGACCUCGUGCAGAUCUUGGAGAUCGAGAACCCGGGAUCGCAGUCGGAGGAGCCGAUUCUCAGCGACGACGACUUGGUCCCGACCAACACGAGGAACAAGAAAGGCCUGCGGCUCGACAUAGUGAGGACUCUGCAAGCGGGGAAGAAGCUGGUGGCUGUCACCGAUACCUCCGAGUCUCCGGACCAAGAGGAGCUCAGAGUAGACCCUUCGCCGGGGCCUUACCUGGACAAUUCGCCCGAUCAGGAUCUCAUGGUGUCCCUUGUGAGCGAAUCUGAGGUGGUCAUCAUUGACCCCACGACGAAGUCGCCCGAGGACAAUCUCUCGAAAGGGUCCUGCGACGAAGAUACUGACAAAACGGACGGUAAUGUUCUGACUGACGUGUCCAAGGACAAUACGGUGGUUGUGGAGAGCUUGAUCGACGAGCAGACCAAGUCUUCGCAGAAGGACCCCAAGCAGACUAAGAGUCCGACGAGCUUCGUUUUCCCGGAGAAGGUUUCUUACAAUCAAAUCACGCCCUCGACCGUUCACCAGACGAACAUAAGCGCCACGACGACCUCGAAAUCUCCGGUUUCCUCGGCAAUCACCACGAUCUCUUCGAUUCUGAGUACAAAUCUGGUCUCUACUACGGGUCCCCAUACGCAAAUUCUCGCUCAAGCCAUCGCAGCAACGGAGGCGAACGCGGCGAGUCAGGACGCGCUGCUGAACUCCUUCAGCGAUCAAAAGGUUAACCUGCCGUCGACGAUGGCCAGCAUCGUGGCGGACGCGAAGCUCGCCGCGAGGCUCAGUCAGACCGCUCUGGAGAAUGUAUCCAAUUCUCCACAAGGCAAACCGGAGCCGAAAAUUGGCGAAACUCCAAAGGUGUCGUCUCCGGCAACAACCUCCAGCGCGCAGAGCGAGUUUUCCAGCUCGACGAGCGUAGUGGAGACAUUGAACAAUUCUACAAAACUAGUUUUAAGUAUCCAGUCGACUUCUGUGGCGUUGUCGACUCCAAAGAUGACGGAUCUGUUGAGGAAGGAGAGCAUUCUGAAGACGACGAACAGGCAGGCGGAAGGUCAUGAAAGCGAAAUGAAAAAGAAGACCGAGGAAGGGGAGCUCGUGCAGGCGAAGAUCAAGGAGCAAAGUGUCUCUUCGGCUAUCCCCUCGGCUUCGGUAGCGGAAGAAAAGUUGAGCGACCCGUUGAAUACGACGGACGAGCUAGAGAGCAUGCUGGAGGCGAUCCACAACCCGGCGGAAGCUACCCUGAAGGACGAGAGUAAGAGCGAGGUCCCCACGACGGCGGUUUUGAAGAGGAUGUCACCUGUCGCCGACGAUCUGUCGCUCGUCAACAUCCUGGAGAACGACGCUGAGCCGGUGGAUAACGAUAAGGAGGAGAACUCUUCAGGUUCUGAGGUGCAGAAGAUCGUGAGCAAAUCGAAAGAGGUGGAAGGUGAUCUCGAAGAGAGCAACAACGCGAAGAACACGUCGGCGAAGGAGAAAAUUGCCGAGGAACUGGACCUGGAGAACGCGAAGCCGUAUCUCCAGCACUGCUUGAGCGAGGAGAAGUCCCUGAUGGAGGAGUCCUCGGACGAUAUCCUCGAUAUGUUGCACAACAUCAUCUCGUCGAAGCCGGAGAUGGCGAACACCAGCGAGCUGAAGUCGAGUUUAAUUUAUCAGAUGCCUACUCCGCUCGACACCUUGCCGUUGAACAUCCUGCAGGAUUCGCUGAUGGAUCUGGAUCAGGAGAGCCUGGAGAACGAGCAACUGCCUCCUGCGCAGGAACCUAACAAGAGCCAGUUCAAGAGUCUGAAUUCUGAGGCGAAGAAGAGCCCGCCGGCGCCGAAUCAGGCGGUGGCGCAGCUGCAGAAGAGCACGACGACUGUGCCGCACCUGUCGCCCCUGUCGAAGCCCACCGAGCUCACCUCCAACGUCGCUAAUGUGUCGCACCAGCUGCGCACACUGCUCUCCUCUUUGCAGAGUAACCAGACCACUGGGAACCAGACCGGCGUCGUCACCAUGGUCUCCUCCGUCAAACCCGGCGUCUUCUCCACCACCAGCACGUUCUCGACCUCGAACUUGCCGGUCAGCAACGCCUCCACCUUGUCGAGACUCGAGCAGAACCGGCCGCAAGCUAGUGUGAGUACUAGUGUCGCGAAAGAACAAGAAUUGACUUUGAAGGAGCCCGCUAAGGAAUCCAUCGGGAUAACUUCCGCCGUUUCCAAGGCUGAGCCGAUCUUCCGGGUAACUACCACUGCUCCAACCACCACUCCUCAAUCCAGUAACUGUUCGAAUCUCACGACCACUAUUUCUUCGUCGAUUAUGGCCACCCGAACCAUCACCACGUCAAUCUCCAUGUCGAACUCCAUGUUGAACGCCAUGCUGGGCGAGACGAGUUCGAUUAAGUCGUCGGUGGCAGGAGGUCACGGUCGCAGCAGCAACACCGUGCCGACUCAGUCCGGCAAUCUGCUGAGCUCCGUGUUACCGUCCACUUCGAUUCCGCGUUCCCAGCCCACCAAUCUGCAGGCGAUCCUGCAGGUGAGCUCGGCGGCCUCGCGAGUGCUGAUGAACGCCACCUCGACGGUCACUAGCCCGAUACAGUGCGUGCGAACCAUCGUGCCGCCCUUGGCAACCCCCAGCAUUCUCCAGUCGACCUUGUCGCAAGCACCGAGCCACUUGUUAACUUCCAAUCAGAGCCAGCACAAGUCUCCGCUUCUCCUGCCUAUCGAUAGUAAAAGCAACGAUCUUGAUAACCAGUCCAGCACCAUGAAAAGAGACGCCGAGGAUGCGAAAGUUCCGGAGAAGGUCCCGGGACGAGAGGGUGACCCUGGCAAGAGUUCUUCCGCGAAUCCUCUGCGGUACGAGGAGUCGCAGAACGUGUUGCUGAAGCAGUUGCUGCAGAGCAACGCCUGCGUGACGACCCCGGUGCCCAUGCAGGGGCAAGGGCCGACUUUGCCGAUCGUCAACUCGCUGGCGGCCCAGCUGGACCAGCCGGUCGUCCCUGCGCCGCCGUCCCUGUUGCCACAUCUGUUGAACGAGACCCCAGCGCCGAAGGCGGCGAUUGGUAAGCAAGUGCUGGCGAGGGAAACGUCCUUCCUGUCCUCGCACUCGGUCACACCCAUCAAGAUUCAAAACUCGCCCACGAAAGAGGAGUCCCCCAAGCCUCCUCCCCCGUUAUCCACGUCGACAGCGAUAACCUCGCAGAGAGGGCAGAUCGAUACCUUGAAACAGCAGCAACAACAGCAGCAACAGCAGCAGCAGGCCAAUCAAAUGAUAAAGCCAGCGCUUCCCAGCUCUUCCGGCGGUUCAACGGGAAGUCAACAACAGCCGAUUUCCGCGGUGUCGUCGUCGUCGACGACGAUUGCGACGACGAUGGCGACAACGAAAACGUCGCCGAAGGUCUGCGAGUCAGAGAACGUGAUAGUGAAGGAGAGCCCGCCGGUACAACAACGCGUGGCCAUCCCAGUUUCGAGGGUUCCACCUGCUCAACAGAAACCACCGGUAGCCUCGAAAAGCGUUCUACCGCCUGCCAGCAGCGCCGGCAGCCUUCCCGGUGUUCAGACGUCAAUGCCACAGCCUGCGAGCACUCUUCAAACGACGCAGAAGCCGGUCGUCCCGCAGGCUCAGCAGAUCUCUUCCGCUCCGUCGUCCUCGCCGAAUGUUAAUAUUAAGCAGCAGCCCGUUCAGCAAGUGCCUCACAGUUUAACCCACGGCCACGCGCCGAUCCCGUCGCCAGUGACGACCGCCGCGCCGUCGGGCCCGGUGACAACGGUACCCUUGAUCGAGGUGAAGAAAGAGGCGGGCCUCGACGAAGCGGCUCUGCCCGCUCAGGUUGCACCGACCGGUGCCAGCCACUUGCAGACCGAUACCAAAGACUUUCUCGCUUCAGCCAAAGAGGAGCUCAUGGACGGCACGAUGGACGACAAGGCCGAUCUCAAAAAGCUGAAGAGGCGACAAUAUCAGCAGAAGCGUAAGCAGAGCCAAGGCAAGGACACGGCGACAGCGCCGCAGAAGAAACGGUCGCGCAAGGUGUCGCGCCUCGACGAGGACUACGACACGUUCGUGGACAAUCUGAUGGCGCAGCUGCGUCAGCUGCAGCCGAUGGCGGUGUUGGAGCCGCUGCUCGGCCGCAACUACGGAGUGUGCCCGAUCUACGGCUGCGGCGACCUCGCCAAGAUCGCCAGUCAGCGGGACUACAACGCGAGAAUCGGCGAUUUAACCGGCGGUUACGGCAGUGCCAAUUUACCCGGGCUGUCUGAUCAUUACAACACGCAGCCCUUCGGCGAGCUUGACCCUCUGCCGCCGCAGCAACCACUCUCCACGCAAAGAGGUUUCUACGAUCAGGAAUUUCCGCCUCUCAAAUUGGAUGACUCCGAGGAUAAGAAGGAAAAUACAGCGGCGAAUCCGGACUCUCCGGACACCAUCGUGAGCUCAUCCUCGCCCGAGUGCGUCAUACCGGAGUUCAUGCAUCGUUUCCCCGGGCUACGAUUAAUCGAGGAGGAUUCGGACGAAGAAGCGGACUGGCUGAAACGCUUGUCACCCGUUAUACCGUUAAUCUCGCCGAUCCCGAUUAGGGUAAAGCCAGCGUACGCGAAGGACGUGGCCCAGCAGGACAAGGAGAAUCUCGGGGUACCUAAGCUCGGAAAGUCUCCUCCGAUCCCGUUGCGAGAAAGCGGAAACGUCACCGUCACUUUGACUCUCAACAGUCAGGCAGCGGACGAUAUCAUGGGUGUACUUAAGGAUCUAGCGAAUAUCUUGAAUAUCGCGCCGCCCACUGGCUACCAGAUAGUCGAACGCACCACCACUCCUCCCAGUCAGAAAUUGGGCUUGUACAGGACCAAAGGGAAGGACGGCAAGGAAGGAGCUCCGAUCGACAUUCAAAGCAUCCUGAACGGCGCGGCGAAAUUUUGCCGUCACUGCGACGUCGUGAUCCUAAACAGCCUGAUACGAAAGAAAGUGUCCGAUCUGCCAUUUUUGAGCAAGGAGGAGGCGGAACCCGGUGACGAGCUGUGCUUCUGCUCAGCCGCCUGUUACAUGCAAUUCGCCCUUAUGCACCGCACGCCCUCCAAUACGCAAGAUAAGGCCGCGACGAUAGUGGAUCACUUGUGCCAGAAGACGGAAACGAAGCUGCUGGACGAAGACUUGAAAAGCCUGAAGAAAGUGCCUAUAAAGCAGCAGCAACAGCAGCCACAGUUGGCGGAUCAGCGCAUCGAGAGCAUGGACAUCGACGAGACGAGCACGACAAGCGCGACGGACGUCGUGAAAGUGAAGUCCGAGAAACCGGAUCACGUGGAGAACGUGACGGAGAACGUGGAGGCGGAGGAGAAGAGGCCGAAGAAACACUCGGUCACCGAGGAGCCGAGCGAGACCACUGUCGAGCCGCAGCCACCCGCGAAGGUUUGGCGGGGCUUGAAAUACAAAACUUGGGCGACGGGGGCGAUACAACCCACCACCAAAUUCAAGAAAACCACCGAUAGAGAGAUCACCGAGGUGAGCAUGUCGUUAUCUCGUUGCCGAAUGGGUGGUUCUCGUCCGAUGCACAUCAUGCUGUUUCGCAUGGGAGUGACCGUAGUGCCGGCAAAAGCGGAGGACAGUCGUCGCUGCAUGUUCUGUCAGAGUCAAGGAGACGGGACAGCCGACGGGCCGGCUCGGCUGCUGAAUUUCGACGUGGACAAGUGGGUGCACCUGAACUGUGCGCUCUGGGCGGAGGACGUGUACGAGACGGUGAACGGAGCUUUGAUGAAUCUGGACACGGCCUUGCAGCACAGCCUCGUCCUGAAUUGCAUUAUCUGCGAGAAACCCGGAGCUACCGUCAAGUGCUUCAAGACGCGAUGCACCAACGUCUACCACCUCGGAUGCGCCGUCAAAGACGGUUGCGUGUUUUACAAGAACAAGAGCACCUUCUGCUCGCAACACGUGCAAAAGAACGAGAAGGACAACGAGCUCACCACCCUGUCCGUUUACCGUCGCGUUUACGUGAACCGUGACGAGAACCGCCAGGUCGCAGCAGUUAUGCACCACUCGGAGCACAACCACCUGCUGCGCGUCGGCUCGCUGAUCUUCCUCAGCGUCGGCCAGCUGCUACCGCAUCAGCUGCAGAACUUCCACACGCCCAACUACAUCUACCCGGUUGGGUAUAAGAUCGUGCGCUUCUACUGGAGCAUGCGGCGUCCCAACAAACGUUGCCGCUACGUCUGCUCGAUCCACGACGUCUCCGGCCGGCCGGAAUUCCGAGUCCUCGUCCAGGAACCCCUGCAGGAGGACGUGGAACUCCGUGACGCCACUCCGCGCGCCGUCUGGAGUCGGAUUCUGGAGCCACUAGCGGAACUGAGGAGGAGCACGAAUUCCGUUCAGCUGUUCCCAAGAUACGUCUCCGGGGAAGACCUGUUCGGCCUGACUGAGCCAGCUGUGGUGCGAGUCCUCGAGAGUCUGCCUGGGAUAGAGACUCUGACUGAUUACAGAUUUAAGUACGGACGCAAUCCACUGCUGGAGCUGCCGUUGGCCAUCAACCCGACCGGCAGUGCUCGUACCGAAGCGCGAUUACGUAACCAACUGCCGUGGAAACGACCUCAUACGCAGCGCACGGGUUCGCACUCGUCGGCACGCGCCGCAGCGGCGACGGCGUUCGCACCGUCGUCGUCGUCGGCGGCGGCGGCCGCUUUUGCCGCUGGCGAGGUCGCCUGCCCGUAUUCUAAGCAGUUCGUACAUUCCAAGAGCUCGCAAUACAAGAAAAUGAAGCAGGAGUGGCGGAACAACGUUUAUCUCGCUCGCUCGAAGAUUCAGGGCCUCGGUUUGUACGCUGCUCGCGAUCUCGAGAAGCACACCAUGGUGAUAGAGUACAUCGGGGAAAUUAUCAGGACGGAAUUGGCGGAAACUCGGGAGAAGCAGUAUGAGGCCAGGAAUCGAGGAAUUUAUAUGUUCCGGCUGGACGAGGAGCGAGUGGUAGACGCGACGUUGUGCGGCGGCCUUGCCCGCUACAUCAAUCACUCGUGCAACCCCAACUGCGUCGCCGAGAUCGUCGAGGUUGAGCGUGAUCUGCGUAUCAUAAUCUUCGCUAAACGUCGGAUCUCACGUGGUGAAGAGCUGGCAUAUGAUUACAAAUUCGACAUUGAAGACGACCAGCACAAAAUUGCAUGCGCUUGCGGUGCACCGAAUUGCCGCAAGUGGAUGAACUGAAGUGAAACACCUGACAAGGACACGAAGAAGAGACAGGAACGAAAGGAAUCACGUGAACUAAGAGGAACUCGUCUCAGUCUGCACAUUACGCCUGACGUUGUUAUCUUUAUUGUUUCGUUUGUAACAUAAAAAUAGGGUAUAUUUUUUCUUAAAGAGAACAUAUAAGAAGAAUUUGUAAAAAUUUUCCGAAUCUUUGAAAAUCUUUGAUAUUGGGGAGAAUUUUUAAUUGUGAAAAUUUUUAACGAUAUUUCUCUCAGAAGAGAAGGAAAACUUCUCCGAAGAAAAGAAAAUUCUAUGUAUAAAUAUAUA